GGUUUCUAGCCGCCACGGUCACAUUGGCCCAGCACCCAGAAGAGAGAGACAAAAAACAGAGACAGAAACAGCGCAGCAACCAAAAUAAUAACAAUUAAUAAUACUAAGUGUCCGCUGAAGAUAUUACACGAAUAAAGGCAAACGCUCGCUAGCAGUCAGACCAGCUAGUACUAGUUUUUUUUCCCUUUCGUUUUGGCAGCAGUCUCUCUUGGUUAUUUUCUAUUUUUUUUUUCUGUUGCGACGCAUAAAUCGUCUUUAAUCGAUACAUAUAUAUAUAUAUAUAUACAAGUUAACGGAGAGUUCAAAAACAAGGCGAACGAUUGCAAAAUUAAUUUGAAUGUCGCAGUUACUUUUUGUGCAGCAACAACAACAUUGGCAGUAGGCAGUACAACAAUAACAAAAUCAUAAACGAAAAACGACGAAAAAGAAGUCCAAAAAAAUAAAACGUACGACGCAGCGCAGUCGUUGUGUCUGUAUUGGUGCGUGUGCGUGUGUGUGUGAGUGCGAGUGAGCCAGCAAUAGGGCUCUGCGUCGACGGCGGCAGCGGCAGAAGAGGAAGAAACAAAAAAGUUCAGUUUUUUUCAAACAAAACUCGAGCUCCGCAGUUGAGAAUUGGCUGCGCGUUUCGAAAAAAGCUGAAAUUAAUUAGUAGUAGCCCGAAAAAAAUUAAGCGACGACACUUAGAGGGCGUGGCAAAACAACAAGAAAACAAAUAAUUAAAAGCAACAAAAAGGGGGCGGAUAGAAAGAGAGAGGAAAAGCAAGACGCAGUUGGAGAUUUUUGUUGCUGCUGCUGCCGCCUGCAACAAACGAAGAUAAUAAAAAAGAGGAGCUCGAAAAACAACAGUAACAAGAACAACAACAACAACAACAACAGCAGAAGGAAAUCAACAACAAAAGCUAACGCAAGCGAGAGAGGCAUAGAGACCAAAAGAGAGCGAGCAGCUGAAAACAUAUGAUUUUUGUUUGUGUUGUUGUUUUUGCGCGCGCUCUGCGGAACGUGUGAGAAAAGUGGAACGAGUUGUGUUUCAGCUGCUGAUUCAGAUUCAACCAACGAACAGCAACAACAACAACGCAAGUGUUGACAACAAGAGAGCCAGACAGAAAGAGAGCGAACGAGCGGGGGAAAGCAAGAACCGAUCAGACGCAGUGUCUCCAGGAGAGAAAUAGCAUAAGCGAGAGAAAGAGAGAACGAGAGAGAGCAACACCCACUGCCCACUGCCACCCCCAGCCGCCCGCCGUCCACUGACCUCCAGUGUGGAGGCACUGCAUCAUUGGCAGCAGCUGUGGUAGCAGCUAGAAGAGGAGCGAUUCCGGCGGCCAGCAGCAGCCACCACCGGCCAUCCCCCCCAUCAGCCACCGCAUCAUGUCCGCGGACUCGCCACGCCGCCAUCCCUCCGGCGUGGUCGGUUCUGGCAUUGGAUCGAGCUCCGGAUCCGGAUCCGGUUCUGGCUCCGGUUCGGCCGGCAGCAGCAGCAAAUCGGGCACCGCCGUGCCCGCCAUUGUGCCGCCGCAAACAGUGUCGGAUCGCUCGAUCCUCGACUCGGCCAUUGGCUUCAUCAAUGAAGUGACAUUGGCCAAUCAGCCGGUGCAAGAUCCCAAGGACACCAUCACCUGGGCCCGCUUCGAAACGUGUGCGGAUGUUAGCGAUCCGCGUUUCGGCGACGACUGGGAGCUGGAGGGGAAUGCAGCGCCGCCACUGCUCCUGAUACUCGGCUACGGUCUGGGCGUCCAAGUGUGGGCCAUUCCGGCCAACGGCGAGGCCGUUGAGGUGCUAUCCUGGCGUCACGGCGUCGUCACUGCCCUACGGGUGCUGCCCACGCCGGCCACGGCUGUUGCCCUGGACGAGAAUGGGCGGGCGGAUGAGCCGGUCGAUGCCUUUGCCGAGAAACGUCCCCUGGUGGCAUUUGUCGAUGGAGGCAGUGCAGCGGCCAGCGGUCUACUGGCUGGCAACUCGGGAUUGGGCUUGGGUGGCGGCGGCGGAGGCGGUGGAAUCACAAUAGUCGGUGGAUCGGGUGGAGGAGUUGGCGGUAUUGGCGUAUCGGCCGCCGCCCAAUUCAGUGCCGUGAACUUUAUGUCCCUCAAGACGGGCGUCCAGGUCAAGACGAUCAAGUUCAAGAACGCCGUGCUGGACAUCCAGGCCAAUCGAUCGGCGGUGGUCAUCACGUUCCACGAACGGAUCGCCGUGUUCGACGCCAGGACGCUGGAGGACCGCCUCACCAUCACCACCUGCUAUCCCAGUCCGGGGAUCAACCCCAAUCCCAUAGCGCUGGGACCGCGCUGGCUGGCCUAUGCGGAGCACAAGUUGCUGCACUCAAAGCGCAGCGGCGGCGGAUGCGAUGGCGAGGGCGUUCCCAGCUACACGGCCACUGUGCUCAAUGCGGCCAAAUCCUUUGGCAAGGGACUGCGAGAGCUGGGCGAGCAGGUGGCCGCCGGACUGACGGGCACCACCGCCGGCAGCGGUGCCAGCUCCAAGAGCAGCAGCUUCGACUCGGCCAGCGGUGGUCCGGAUGCCAAGCAGUCGGGUGUGGUCACCAUCAUCGAUGUGAAGCAUCCGGUGAAGGACUACAGCCCCACGACGGGUACUCCGCUGAGCUCCACGGGUGGCUCCCAGGGCGGUGGCGACCCCAUUGUGGCUCACUUUGUGGCCCACAGCGAGGCUCUGGUGGCCAUGGAGUUCGACAGCUCCGGCAUGCUGCUGCUCACCGCCGAUCGACGCGGCCACGAUUUCCACGUGUUCCGAGUGCAACCGCAUCCGGUUGGUCCCAGCCUGGCCGCCGUGCACCACUUGUAUGUGCUGCAUCGCGGAGAUACUAGCGCCAAGGUGCAGCACAUCGCCUUCUCGCUGGACUCGCGCUGGGCUGCCGUGUCCACGCUGCGCGGCACCACCCACGUCUUCCCCAUCACGCCCUACGGCGGCGCCAUGGGCGUUCGCACGCACACCUCGCUGCAUGUGGUCAACAAGCUGUCACGCUUCCACCGGAGCGCCGGCCUCGGAGCAGAUGGGCGCUCCAGUUCGCCGAUCUCGCACUCGGAGAGCACGACGUUUGUGCAGUCGCUGCAACCGUAUCACAAUCCCACGUUGCCGCCGUAUCCGCGUCCCUCGGUGGUACAGCCGCUGGCCCAGCUGCGCCAGCCCUUCACUCUGGGAUCACCGCCAGGAUCGGCGGGCCUGGGCGGUGGAGUGGGAGGCGGCGUUGGCAUGGGCACCGGAGUAAGUUCCGGCGGUCAUGGAGGCGUUGGUGUGGGCAGCAGCAGCCAACGGCAGCGACAGCGCCUCUCCUCGCUGUCGGACGACAGUGGCAAACCGCUGAGCGUCUGUUCCAUUUUCGCCAAGUCGCGCUCCUGGCUGCUGGAGCCACCGAUGGCGACACGAGAGCAGCCGCAUCGCGUCCAGCGCAAGGCGGUGGACUCGCUCUUCGUGAUGGCCGGACACGGGGCGCUCAUCCAGUACGAUCUGGACACUAAGCUAGCCUCACAUGUUGCCAAAGAGAAGAUUUGUGAUGACACGCCCAUCGAGCUGGAGGUGGAGGCCCGUGCCCAGUGGAAUCUGGGGCGGCGCAAGGAUGGAUCUCAAGAAAUCGCACCACCGCUGACGCUGGACAAUUGGCUGAUCAAGGAUCGCCAUGCCAGCCUGCUGCUGGACAGCGCCCAUCAUUUCGAUGAGCCGGACGAGCGGGCCGAAAGCUGGCUGGCGCAGGUGGAGAUCAUCACGCACGCAGGUCCCCACCGCCGGCUGUGGAUGGGACCGCAGUUCGUCUUCAAGAACUACAACACGCCCAGCGGUUCGAAUCUGAACCACGUCGAUGCAGAGGCGGUGGAGAUAGGCGUUACCAAGACGUCGACCACCACGCUGCCCUCGACGGCAGCAGCUUCGUCUGCUCUGGGAGUGGGUUCGGUGGGGGCCAAGGAUCGGUCCAGUCCGCUGAACAUGCCACUGAAUGCAGCCACUUCGGUGGGAGGAGCUGGCAUCGGUAGCUCAGCGGUGACGGGACGCAGCGGUGCCGGAGUACCGGUUCUAAUCGAAUCCGGAUCUUAUAGCAGCAUUGAGCAGAGUCCAAAGUUGAUGGAUCGCUUCCGACAUGGUCACUUGGACUCUGAUUAUGUCCACGGCGACACGCGUCUCAAGGAGGAUUUGGCGGAUGCCAUGCGUGAAUCCCCAUCCACGGCUGCCGCGCGACGUGAAAAUACGGCUGCCUCUGCAGAUCAUGCAGCUCCUUCGGGUGGCGACCACCUGGCCACCGGUUCCUCGCCAGCCCCCCAGGAUCUCCUGGCCGCCGGCGGCGUCGGAAGUUCGUCCUCGAAUUGUGAUAAUGCCUGCUAUUACGAUGCCCUCGCCGAGCACGAGAGCCUCAACGAUCUGGACGAGGUGGUGGAGGAUCAACAUCAGCAUCAGCAUCCGGAUACGGAGCAUUUGCACUCGAUGGAUUCCAUUUCAGCACUGGCCUCCGUUCUGCCCAACAUUUGCAGCUAUUCGCGUGUGGAGAAAAUGGUCAAUCCCCUGGGCACGGUCACGGAUCUGAAUGCUGGGAUCUCUGGGGAACUGCAGGCGGAUAUGCUGGACGAGGUGGUGGGCCAACUGGCCGCUGAGGACACGGUGAUCCAUGAGAAUUGCGAUGAGGCUCUGUUCCGGCCAGUGGUUGCGAUCUUUUGCAGUGAUCCGGUGGAGAGACAAAAGCUUCUCCAGAAGAAUCAGAAGACGGACGAAGAAACGGCAUCGGAACUGGAACUGGAGCAGGCCAUUUGUCAACCACCAGUGGUGCUGGUUAACAAGUUGAUUGUGCCCGUGAUUGCCAAGGAGGUGGACGAGGUGCUCGUCCAGAAGGAGAAGCAAAAGUCCCAGAAGCAAUCGCACAAGGCACAGCAGCAGCAUCAGCAGCAACAGAAAACCCUACGAUCCCUGGCAGCUGCCGAGGAUGCUGCGCAAGCGCAGAAAUUCGCAGAGCUUUCGCACCUCAACAAGCCCAAGGGUAAUCCCAGCCAGGGUAACAACAUUAAAACUGCCAGCCAGAAAAGUGGGAGUGGCACCUCCGAGGAUGAGGCCACCACUGCCACGAUCGGCAAAUCAGCGAAGAAGGCCAAGAGUAACAAGCAAAAGACCAGCGGGAAAGUGAUCGAAAGAAAGCCAGAGCAGAAGAAUCUAGAGCAGAAGAAUCUGGAGCAAGAGAAGAUCAUAGCGGAGGAGGAGGAUGUGGAGGUGGUGAAGAAAGCCAAGCCGGAGGAGGACUCCGAUCUGGAAUCAGAUCAUGCAGACAGUCUGUUGGCCAACAAGAGCAGCAUUGCAGCCGUCAUGGUGAGCAGUGCCAGUGCUCAGGGAUUGAGUUUGCAUGUGGAGACGAGUGCGUCGGAUGCGCAGGACGAGAAUGAGGAGGAGGAAGAGGAGCAGGAUCUCGAAGAGGAACCUCCUAGGAUGGGCAAGAAAAAGCUUCAACCAGGGGGAGCAGUAGAAACCAUGACAAUCGACAAGGAGAGGGAGAAAUCCAAAGAGAAGGAGCUGAAGCUCAAGGAGAAAGAAAAGGAAGCAAAGCUUAAGGAGAAAGAGCGAGAAGAAAAGCUUAAGCUCAAGGAAAAAGAAGAUAGAUUAAAGGAGAAAGAACGAGAAGAGAAGCUCAAGGAGGAAAAGAUCAAAGAAAAGCUGAGAGAAGAAAAGCUAAAGGAGGAAAAGAUCAAGGAAAAGCUGAGAGAAGAAAAGCUCAAGGAGGAAAAGAUCAAGGAGAAGGAAAAAGAAGAAAAGCUCCGAAAGGAGCGGGAAGAGAAGAUAAAGGAGAAGGAACGCGAAGAGAAAAUCAAGGAGAAGGAAAGAGCUGAAAAGAUCAGGGAAAAGGAACGCGAAGAAAAACUUAAGGAGAAGGAAAGAGAAGAAAAGAUCAAGGAGGAGCUGCUCAAGAAAAAAGAAAGAGAAGAAAAGCAAAAGGAGAAGGAGAGAGAAGAAAAGCUCAAGGAGAAAGAAAGGCAAGAGAAACUAAAGGAGAAGGAACGUGAAGAGAAGCUUAAAAAGGAAAUGGAAGAAAAGCUUAAAGAAAAGGAAAGAGAGGAAAAGCUUAAGGAAAAGGAAAGAGAGGAAAAGCUAAAAGAAAAGGAAAGAGAGGAAAAGCUUAAGGAAAAAGAGAAAGCUGAAAAGCUCAAGGAUCUCGAAAGAGAGGCUAAGUUGAAGGAGAAAGAGGUGCAGAAGGAAAAAGAGGCACAGAGGGAAAAAGAGGCCAAAAUCAAAGAGAAGGUGGAAAAAGAAAAGGUGAAGGAGAGGGAAAAAUCCCUUGAAUCCCUCAUCCCAGCAAACGUGACCAGCCCCUGGAGGCGCGUUGUCGACGAGACUCCACCCAAACUGCCAGCGGUUCAGGAUUAUCCCAGCCUGGGCAAGAAACCCACUAAGGCGAGUCCGGAAAAGAAGCGGGAUGAGAAACUGCUGCCGGAACUGACUACUCCCCCAAAAGAAGUGAAGGACACGUUUGAGGACUUCCUGAGCGGCCUAAAGCCCCUGGAGGCCUUGCCACCUCUUCCUGCUCUGGAACCCCUUGAGGUCAAAGAGGACUCCAAGAAGGAAACGGUCAGCUUAAUCAAUUUCGAAAGUCCGCUGCAGGAGAAGUCGGCGAUCCCGCGAAAUAUUUCCCCACCACCACGGGGUUUCACCGAACAAAAUCUGAUCCUGGCCCUGUGCGGCUCCCUGCACUACGAAAACGAACAGGAACGGAUAAGGAACACAGAUCCAGAGGUGCAGACCGAGGUGGUGACCACACCGGAACCGGUAUACAUAGCCCUCGAUACUCUGGAUCUGCAGAAGUCCACCUCCACAUCGAAUAACUCUUCCGGAUCCGAGGAGAUUGUCAUCAUGGAGGAGCCCAUCAAGAAGCUGAGCAAGAAGCACAAGCGCCUGAAGCAGCUCCAGCUGCAGCAGCAGCAAAGGGAACGGGAGCGGGAACCAGACGACGAGGAGCUGCGUCCUCUGAUCAGCAUCAGCAUGUGCGAUUCCCAGCUGGAGGUGCAAGAACAGGAACCAGCUGCCAGGGCAAUGCCCGACGAGGAUGAGGAUGUUGAGGAGACGGAGCCAGAGCAAUCACUGCCCGAGGACCUGCUGCACUUCGGCAGCAGUGGCGUGGCCACCAAUGCCACCAACACGGACAGCGAGGGACCCGUGCCGGCCACCACAUCCGAUGACAAUGUGGUCUAUGGCUCCUCCAGCACAACCAAUGCCGCACCGCACAAGCUCAAGACCAAGAAGCUGGAGCACAAGAUCAAUCUGAUAGCGGCCAUCGAGGCGGCCACCUCCUCGUCUACAUCCUCGGCAGAGGAGAGCAGUGUGGAGACGACGGUUCAUCCGGAUCCCACGGGUCUGGGCCUGGGCAUUGGAUUGCAAUCCUCCCUUUCGCCAGGCGGAGCAACUGGCUCUGGGAAUAUGGCCUCGGGUGCUGCCACAGCGGCUACUCUGCCCGUCGCCGCCGGAGGCGUUACCUCUGUGGGAUUGGGCGUGGGCGUGGCCAGCCCGCCGAGUGCCACAAAGAAGAAGACGAAACGACGCAAGAGAUAAGAAUUAGCGAUUUGUUUGCUGUGCGUCUUUAGCCUGGUGGUGCUGUGGCAUCUGUAUGCCAACCGACAGGAUGCAGGAGCACCCACUGCCCAUGCGCUCCAGCAGCAGCAGCAGCCACAGCAGCCGUCGCCGCCGGAUCAUGCUCUAUCGGAACAGCCGGAUCAACCUGACAACCAGCCAAAUCCCAUCGUGAAGCAGGAGGAAGGUGACCAGCCGGUGGGCAGAACCAGAGCCAAGUAGAGGGAAGCAUUUCCUCUACCAGGACAGCAGCAAACGAGGGGAGAACUCCUCCUCCCCACAGCAAUUCGAAACGCCCAUAUAUGGAAAUGGACAACAACCACGACAGAUGACUCUAGAUUCUUAAUUUUUAGCUGUGUGCAAGAAAAGUAAAUCAUUUCAGUAACCACAAAACAAAAACCAACAAAAAAAAAACAACAAAACAAAACACAAAACUCUGCAAAAAAAUUGUGAUUUAUCGAAAAGAAAAACAAAAAGUUAGUUAUAAUGCCUAAUUUAAAGCGAAAACAAAACAUAAAAAAACAAAAACGACUGUAGCAAUUCGUUUAGACAAAAAACAUAAAAACCAAUGAGGAAAAGCGACAAAAAAUAUUUAAAUACUAACCGAUUUUUAAGUGCAAAGUUAUAUUGUUAGCUAUACAUUUCUAGAAACUAUGAAUACAACAGAACAUAUAUAUAAACCACACCCAUUUAUAUAUAUGUAUAUAUAAAUAUAUAUAUUUAAUUAAAAGAAAAAGAAAAAGGCCUAAACGUAAACACACAGAUCAUGUAUCGAAAAUAAUCAAUGCUCUCAAAUUGUACAUAAAUGGCGCCCAAACAUUCGCUCAGUGCGGAAAUCGAAAUUUGUAAAAUUGAAAUCCUGCCCCCUAGCUUACACACACACACUAAACACACACACAUGCAGCUCUAGCUUGCAGGACACACAGUUGGAAGUUAAUGGUUAAAUAAAUAUUCAACCCCAUAUGGGUAUUCAAUUUUAUCCAUAGAACGAUUUUCCCCAGAAACUACACUUUCCUGCCCAAAAUCCAACUGGGUGUAACUUUUGCAAAGCAACUAAUUAUAAUAACUAAACCGUAUUGAUUAUAAUACUAAUUGUCCAAUGUCACAAUCGUUUGAACUUGUUUUUAGGCUUUGCUUUCGUUAAGUUUUCUCCAUACUCGUUCAAGUUUCAUCUAGUUUCUCCCACACUCAAGGUCCCCUUUUAAAAUGUUCUAUUAUUUGUUUGUUAAUUUAUUAAAUUUAUUAGAAAUUGUCUCUUGUGUAUGUUUUUAUUUCGUUUUUCUCUAUUUUUUUUCUUUAAAAGAUUGUAAAAAGUAAGGAAAUCAGUUGUUUUCUGUAUAUAAAUAUAUGUAUAUCGUAUAAAAAUUAUGUCUAACUCGCAGUAUUUAUGAUUUACGUUUGAGAGAUGGAUGAAAAAGGAGGCAAGGAAAUCGCUAAACACUAAAAUUUAAUUUAAUUAAAUGAUGUAUGAUUAAAUAAAUGCAAUUUUAGUUAAAACAACAAA